UAGACGAUUCUAGCAAUACAUACGCUCCAGCAUAGCUAAAUCAAAGAAAAUAUCUUCUUUAAGAUUGUAGUCCAGAGCCCCACCAACUAUCCUGCCCACAGUAAGCGCCAAACGGUGUUUAUCGGAUCUUCGGAUAUAAGCGAGUAAACCCGGAGCUUGUCAGCAAUUGACAGUGUUAAGGUAAAUUAAUUGGCUGAGGGGGUACAUUUGCUAUAUAUGGUACCGGAUUUAGUGGGAUUGUAUCAUCGACGUCAACUACCGAACUUGAGUGCUAAAAAAGCUAUAGCUAUAUAUAUAUAAAUAUGUCCACGUCCACCAAGAAUUGACUCCAGUGAAACAAAUAUUAAAACUUGAACUUCCACAACCAAGACUUUUCAUCUCCGCAACUUCAUCUUAAACAAUCAAAAUGGUCAAAACACUCCCCUUCGCCGACCUCGAAGUGCCCACCCCAGGUUUUGGUGCAAUGGGUCUAAGCUUCGGUUUGGGUAGCAAUCUGACCCUAGAGGAAGCCGAGCCCGUGCUCUUGAAAGCAAUUGAAUUAGGGUGUACAUUCUGGGACACAGCCGUCGUCUAUCAAGCCGGUGUCAAUGAGAAACUUCUGGGCGACUUUAUCAGGAAACAUAACGUCCGUGACAAGAUUUUCAUCGCCUCGAAAUGCGGCUUUAAUGUUUUCGGAGAUGGCAGCGUCACCAACUCCGCCGCCCACAUUAAGGAGUACAUCGAGGGCACGAUUGAACGGUUGGGCUUCACCCCAGAUCUGUACUAUCUGCACCGGAUAGAUCCCAACACCCCCCUAGAGGAGUCCAUCCCAGCACUCGAUGAAAUCCGCAAAGCCGGCAAGACCAAAUACAUCGGUCUCUCUGAAUGUUCGGCAGCGACACUCCGCAAAGCCAAUUCCAUUGCCAAAAUCGACGCUCUCCAGGCCGAGUACUCAGCCUUCGAAACCCUCCACGAAACAGAUGGCCUCAUCGAUACAGCCCGAGAAUUGGGCGUAGCCUAUGUAGCAUACAGUCCCCUAGGCCAUGGGUGGCUCGUUGACAACUUCCCAUUCAAGACCCCGGACGACUUUGCGCCGGAUGACUUCCGUCGGAAGAGUCCCAAGUUUCAAGGUGAAAACUUCUACAAGAACCGAGCGAUCGUAGAGGAAAUCAAGAAGCUGGCUGCGCGGAAGAGCUGUGCGAUUAGCCAAAUUGCGCUUGCCUGGGUUGCUGCGCAAGGGUUCAUCGCUAUUCCGGGAACGACCAAGGCGAGUCGGUUGGAGGAGAAUUGGUCUUCGAGGGAGAUCGAGCUGACGGAGGAGGAGAAGCUGGAGAUGAGGAAGAUUAUUGAUGCUGCGAAGCCGCAGGGCAAUCGGUAUGGCCCUGCGCAUCAGGCGAUGGUGGGGCAUUAGUGGGUUGUAUAUAUAUAGAUAGCCCGGUUCUAUCAUGAUCGACGAGAUUUGAAGUUCCGUACAUACAAUGUUUAGAGUAGAUUGAUCUCCAAUUCAAUUUAACACCAUACGAAAUUUAUGUCAUCUAUGUGGUUGAGCUUCGACGCACAACAGGUAUAAUCGUCCUCGGAGGUAAUAAUUUCCUUAAGUCUUUCUUCAUCGCUGUUUCGCACCCCUGGUGACCUCAAAAAUGUGAUCGAUGCAAGAUAGCGUGUGAUG